AUGGUGGUGGCGGUGAUGGUCCCUGCCAAAGCCGUCUACUUAAUGGGACUGCCUCAACUCAGGAUCCUCCUGCAGGACCAUGUGCCCAGGGAUUACAAGUGUGCUCAGCAAUGGCUGUGGCAACUCGACCCUCAGAAAGGGCCUCCCCUUAGCCCUUGGGUUCCCAAGCAUUUGUUCCUUACAGGCCUUGCUGUCUCCUGACUCCACAGGGCUACUAAAGCUGAGGAAAGCAGUUGCUGGGCCUAGGUCUUCUGUCUUCUGACACAGGAAACACUCUGGACUUCUGUGCAAGGAUUUCUGCCCCAGGGCCAGCACCCCUCUCUGGGGCCCUGGGCCUCCAUCCCUGACCUAGCCCGACCCUUCCCUUUCACUUGCCGUGUUCUUCUCCCUUUCCCCAUCCUGGGCAAGUGCUCUAUCUGGCUCCUGGUCCUUCCUCUUCAGAUCUCUGGGCCUGGCUGGGCCCCUGGCUCCUGA